AGCGGAAGUGACCUCAUCUGCAGUAUUUACACACUGAAACACUUUCACAGCUGUCAGAUCGACUGUGCUCCGCUACCUGGGUCACGGCGCGAUGAUUUACCACAGAUGUCCCGACAGACUGACAUUUAGGAGAUUCGUCGCGAUUCGGAGUGAACAAUCUAAUGUGUAACUUCGUGUGAGAGGAUGCGCGAGCGAGAGAUGGCCGGUAACGGCGGGCAGCUCAGCGUGCGCCACUGGACCCCGAAGCACGUGGGCCGCUGGCUGCGCGAAGAAGGCUUCUGCGACUACGUGGACCUGCUGUGUAACAAACACCGCCUGGACGGAACCAGCCUGCUGACGCUGAGCGAAUACGACCUGCGCUCUCCUCCGCUGGAGCUCAAGGUCCUGGGAGACAUUAAACGGCUCAUGGUUUCUCUCAGGAAGCUGCAGAAGCAGAACGCCGACGUGUUAGAGGAGCUCGGCCUGUCCUACGACGGACACUCGCCUCAGAACAGCGCAGGUGGAGUGGAUUGGUUGUGUAACGGUGAAUCCGCGCGGGAUUGCGAUGCCGUGUUGGACACUUUGAGCGGCGAUCAGUAUCACCAGUACAACAACGGUAAAUACAAGCAGCAGCCGCGGAGAUUGGACCCCGAGUACUGGAAAACCAUCAUCAGCUCCGUCUACGUGGUCUUCGUCUUCGGCUUCACGUCGUUCGUCAUGGUGAUCGUCCACGAGCGAGUGCCAGACAUGAGGACGUACCCGCCGCUGCCAGACAUCUUCCUGGACAGUGUACCCAGAAUCCCCUGGGCGUUCGCGAUGGCUGAGGCCUGCGGCGUGAUCCUCUGCUCUAUUUGGCUGCUAGUUUUGCUGCUUCAUAAACACAGGUCGAUCCUGUUGAGGCGGUUGUGUAGUCUCAUGGGGACGGUCUUCAUGCUGCGCUGCGUCACCAUGUUUGUGACGUCUCUCUCUGUCCCGGGUCAACACCUGCAGUGCACUGGGAAGAUAUACGGUGACAUGUGGGCGAAGCUGCAGCGCGCCGUGGCCAUAUGGAGCGGUUUUGGCAUGACUCUCACCGGAGUGCAGACGUGUGGAGAUUACAUGUUCAGCGGACACACGGUCGUCCUCACCAUGCUCAAUUUCUUCGUCACUGAAUACACGCCGCGCAGCUGGAACUUCAUCCACACGCUCUCGUGGGUCCUCAACCUGUUCGGCAUCUUCUUCAUCCUGGCGGCGCACGAGCAUUACUCCAUCGACGUCUUCAUCGCCUUCUACAUCACCACCAGACUCUUCCUGUACUACCACACGCUGGCCAACACUCGAGCCUACCAGCAGAGCCGCCGCGCGCGCAUCUGGUUCCCCAUGUUCUCCUUCUUCGAGUGCAACGUCAACGGGCCCGUGCCCAACGAGUACUGCUGGCCGUUCGCUCGGCCCGCCAUCCUCAAACGCCUCAUCGGCUGAUUCCCGACGGGAGCGUGCGGUUCCUGCGUUGCCAUGAUGUAGAGGAGGCCAAAACCUCACAUGCGUUUCCUCCAGUAGCUGUCGUCUUUACAGGGAUUUCAUCUUGCUUUACUUUAUGAUGGAAACUAAAAAUACUAAACUGGAACUAUUGCAGUCUUGCUCUUCCCGGUGACUGGGAAACUUUUAGGUCUCUUAAACUGGUUUGCAUGACAGUAUUCGUUUGGCCUAGUUUCUUAAUAAUGCUGUAGAUACUUGACGUUGUAAAUUCCUCAUUUCUCCCAAAGACGUUUCAGAUUUUUAGCGUUGUGAAGAUACUGACGUGAUCAACUUUUGAAGCAAUAUGAAACUUCUUACUGUUGUUUUAAAACGUUUCGUGUGAAACCGGAUGGUUUUCAUUGAAUUCUGAUCAUCGUAUUGGUCUUAUUGCCAUUAUUGUUGCUAUUUUUGUAGUGCGAUGAUUUUAUUUAGGCAGUAUUAGUAGCUGUAUGGGAUGACAAAAUGAAAAUACUGUGUUUAAGACGUAAAUUGUCCCCUGUAUUUUAGUGAAUCUCACAAAAUGUGUUAUUUCAUAUUUUUUGUUUUAUUUUCAUUUUUUUUUUUUUGUAAUUCUCAGUGUUGAAUAAAAUAUGUAUAUUUAUAUAUAUAUAUAUAUAUAUAUAUAUAUAUA